CAAACAGUCAAUGAAGCUUCUUUCGUUGCCAGGAAACGCGGAUUCAACUGUUCAUGCCACUCAUGCCCAGUAUCUCUAAAAUAAGCUUGGAUCGCUUAAUUCAGGCGAAACGCGGACAUCAAAAUUGUCAAUCCAGCUUUCUUUAUUUUUGAUCAAGCUGAAAAGCACCUUGAUUGCAGACGUCGGAGAGUGUAAUUUAAAUAUAUGAUAUGUCAUCCUUAUAAGAAUUGCACAGAACAGUUUACUUUUGAAGAUACAGGAUACUUGAGGAUCGACUUUCCCCUCUUGGUCAGAUGUCUUUCCUUCUGGCAGAACUACAUUUGUGGUCCUUGAAGAAAGCGUUGCAUGUCCAAGAUACAGAUAUUGGCACAUAUCAGUACUAUGACAAAGGAGAGCCAGUGUCACCGACUGAUUAUCAUUACUUUGAAGAAAAGAAACAAUGUGUAGAAUCUCGUGAGUAUUCAUGGACACUAAAAAACAAACGUCCUGAAAAGGUUCGAGACAACCUGAAGGAACUAGAGGAUCUUCUUCAAAAUAGCAGCAGAGUGUGGAGCAAAUGGAAGAACAAGAACUUCUGUCAGCUCUUCCUCGGUUCAGGUGUGCUAGUUUCUCUGAGCCUUUCAGGGCCUCAGCUGGGGAAGGUGACGAUCGACAGGACUCUGGUGGGGAAGCUCAUCACGGACACCAUCAGUGAUGUUGUGCUCGCCGACACUUUCAUGAUUUUGACUUUCCUGGAAAAAAAUAAGGUGUGCUAUGUCCAGUUCACUAAAAAACAAAGCUCCCCUGAUCUGAGCAGAAGACUGGAAAAGCUUUCAAUUUCUGAACUCAAGGUCUCCUAUGUGGAUUUACCAGGACCAUCUGGACGAAGGGUGGAUCGCCGCUUGGCUUUAAACUGCUUGCAGGAUAUGGCUAUUUGCUGGUGGCCAACAAUUAAUGAUAGUGCCUGGCCUUGGUCUCCGAUUUCCAGUGAGAGAGACAGAGCCAACCUGGUGUUACUGGGGUGCACAAAUGAUAGCUUUCAGAUUUUGCACUGCAUUCACACAGAAUGGGAUCCGCUUGAUGCUGGAUUUAGCAUUAGUCAGCCUUAUCAACUUUAUACAGUCGAACACUCCAUUAAUGCAGACAAGGAGAAGAUGGCUGACAGCUGCAUCUAUGACUGUUCUCGGAACAAAGUUCACCGCAUUACUGUCACCAGUAUUCCUUUGAAGUCAAGGGCAAUUUCCUGUAGCCUGGACUGUACAGAAGAGAAGUUAAUCCUAGGCUGUCAGGACUCCUCUCUGGUUCUUUACGAUUCACAUCGUCAAGUUACCCUCCUUGCUCAAGCUGAUCUCUUACCCACAAUAAUUGAAUGGCACCCGAGUGGAGCCAUGUUUGUGGUUGGCAGCAGUCAGGGGGAACUUCAGUGUUUUGAUGUGGCCAUCGCACCUUUGAAGGUUCAGGUUUUGGCUGAAGAUCUCAAUCCCAAGGUGAACAUUCAGUUCAACAAACACUUCAAUGUGUCCACCAGCCUCACUCAGAUUCAAUGGGCUGUAGGCCAAGGACCUUCCCAGAGUGGCACACUUAAUAUUCAUGACCUUCUCUUUCUAAGAUUUGACAAAGGACCAUUAGGGAUGCUUUGCUUUAAACUGGGUGCCAUGACAACAGGCCAGCUGGGGCACACUGAGCUUGUGCACCAGUGUAUUCGUUAUGGCCAAAUUGAUGAAGCUGUUAACAUCUUAAGUGCCAUCAAUUGGAAUACAAUGGGGCCAGACUGCUACAUCUGCCUCAGUGCCAUUUUUGACCAUCUUCUCCGGCAGAAUCUGACAGCAGAAAGAGAAGCUCAGAUAGAAGCAGCUCUUGGAACAUUUUAUACUCCAGCUAGACCCCUCACAGAAACUACAGUGUUGGAGUACAGAGACGCCAUUUGUAAAUAUGCCCGCCGCUUUUUUCACCACCUUCUCAGGUAUCAGAGAUUUGAGAAAGCAUUUUUACUUGCUAUUGACAUUGGAGCGCGUGACCUCUAUAUGGACAUCCAUUACUUAGCUCUAGAUAAGGGUGAAUUGGUACUGGCUGAAGUGGCGAAGAAAAAGGCUAAUGAAAUUGAUGCAGAAUCAAUAACUACUGGAGUUGAAGCACACAUUGCCUUUGAUGCAGAAGACCUGCAUGGAGAUCUGCCUGAACCUUUAGCUGCCUGUCACACAGACAGCUGCCAUCCACCAGGGUCAAGUCACCUCAGCGAUGACACACCUGCUCCGAGGAAGCCCUCCUUCAGGCCUCCCAGCCGCAGAUUGACAGCUGAGACGGCGAGUGAACUUGGAAGUGAUGCCUACACAGCUGCUCUGAUGCAUGACCCCUGGUCCUGGACCCAAGCAGGAAAUGACCUUGCUGAUAAUAUAGAACAGGAAACUGAAGAGAUGGGAUCACUCAAAGUAAUCCACUUUGGCUUAGUCUAGUCCUGCAUUCCUCAAGUUUUCAUUUUGAUGAUUCUGAUAUCUUUUGGAAACCUUGAAACUUUAUUGUACUUUAGGUUGGUCUUCCGUUUUUUGACAAACACAGGGAGGGUCUCCACUGAUAUGAACUAAAAUCUGUGACCCAAAAGCCAACACUAUUUUUUGAUGAAAUACAAUAUAUACAAACAGUAAAGAGUACAGCAAAGUACCACAGCACUAGAAAACUCUUUACAUAGUUUCAUAUUAAUCUGGGCAGCAGCAGGCCACAGGGUUUGAAUCCUGGCCCAUUCUGCAUGUCCUUCCCGUGCCAAUAUGAAUUUUGCCCCAGAUAUUCCAGUUUUCAUCCCAAGUCCCAAAAGAUUGGCCCUGUAUCAUGUAUGCAUUAGGGUCCUCUUCAAUAGCCCGGUGCCCCAUCCAGGGUUGAUUCCUGGCUUGUCCUCAUGCUGUCAAGAUAGGCUCCGGCUUCCACUACCAGAAACUGGAUUAAGCAGGAUUGUGGAUGGAUGGAUGAGUGAAAUGUGCUUCUUAUUGUUCAUUCAGGGGUUACUGCAUUGGAUGUUUUGCUUCAUGUUGAUUUUCAAUAGAAGAGUAAUGUAUUUUUUUUUAUUAAAAAUGUUUUUUUACAUUUAAUAAAGCAUUAUAAGAAUUCCUAUUUUACUCUUUAUAAAUAUUGCUUUUGAUGAGCUUCAAUGGCUCAAUGAAAACAACAUCCGCUGCAUGCUAAUUGGAUGAGGAAGGGGAGUCGUUUUUCUUAUAGGACAGGUUCAUACAUACAAACAUGAGUGAGUGAAAAAAAUUAAAUGAUAUGAAAGGAAGCAAACAUAAAGGCGGGUUAAACUUACUGGCCACCAAAAUCAAGCGUUUUUUUUGGAGCUGAAUAAAAAUGUGUAUUAGCAACAACCUGUAUUGCAAUAUUCUGUGAUAAGGGCAUUUAUGAAUAUCUACAUGGGUCUUAAAAAAAACCAUAACAACCAAAAUGUGUUUCUGAAAUGGUGCCAUACUCCUGUCAGAGCUGUUGAUGGUCUGUAUUGAGGAUUAAUCUGACAGCAGCCAGUGAUCCAUAAUCCUUUACUAUAUCGUAAUCUAUUUACUUUGCAUUCUAAGAGGAUUUUCGUAUAAAAAUAUACAAGAGAUGCCUGAAAUGUACAUAAGAUCAGGGAAGCUCUGUUUCUACAAUCCGCUUCUUAUUAUUAAAAUCUUUAUGUCAUUCUUGGAGUUCUUCUCAGGAAAAGGUAGAUAUAGAUUAUAGAUCAAGCUUUUCCUGAUGGACCUUUUUUCUUUAUUUUUUUUUUAAUUCCCUACUGAUAUGUUCAUCACUGCUGUCAAGUUUCUUAAACUAGCAAAUUGCAUAUACAAGUGGUCCACUGCCAUCUUAUAGGCUGCUUUUAUUACAUGUGUAUUUGGAGGAUCCUCAAAAUUACCACAUGUAUGGUCAGAUUGUGGAUUUUGAACAGUGAGUUUUUUUUUCUUUUUAACUAGUAAAUUCAAAGAAAAUUACAG